AUGCCACUUCGUCCUCACACGGAAGAGCCGUCUGUGGUGGUCUCGUCUACCGACUCCCAAACACUGACCAGCACAUCAGCGUCACAACCCCCACAGCGGCCGGCCCUUACCACGAACAGCGGGGGCAAUAACGCCGAUAAGAGCAAAAAAGUGGCCAUUCCCCGACAACGCUCCGGUGCUGCACCACGCUAUAGUCGGCGCGUCCCUUUGGCUUGCGAAUCUUGUCGGCAUCGAAAGACCAAAUGUAGCGGUGAUACCCCGGUGUGCAGACAGUGUAAGGAGUUACGGGUCAGCUGCCGUUAUCCAGUCUCCUGGCGCGAAAAAACGAAGACGCAAUUGUCCAAGCUCUCUACCAAGACGUCCGAUUAUGAAAAUCUUCUGCGAGAGCUGGGUUCUGUGGUGGAUGGCCGCGCUGCCGAGAGGAUAAAGCUUGUUCUAGACAAGCAUGCGGGUAGUGAAAGUACAGCGACGUCCACCGAAGCACAGUCGAGUUCCGUAACGCCACAGGAUGAAUACGCCGAGGAUGACGUAUCUUCAACUUCAUCAAUCGGGUCGCUAGAUGCCAUAGAUCGUGUGGAAGAGGACGUGAACCGAACGCCUAGUUCUCGUGCGACUGGCUAUAUGGGCAAGAACUCAGAGGUUAUUUGGAUGCAGCGAGUACGCAAGGAGGCCGAACAACGUUCACGCAGAUUACCAGGCUACUACGAAGCGGGUCAGGAAAGUGAUUUCACCAUCCAUUCGGUCAAUUAUCAUCUGGACGAUAUGGAUAUCUCUGUCCCUGGUCCCGUCCAUGUGUACUGGAUGCCACCACGGAAGGUGGCCGACCAACUCUUUCAAGACUAUUUGGAGACCGUGCACCCGUUCUUUCCCAUCAUCAACCGCACUCUUUUCUCUGCCCAAUACAAAACGUUCUUCGAUAGUGCAGCCCGACCUGGCGACAAGUGGUUAGCUAUCCUAAAUAUGAUCUUUGCUAUCGCAGCCAAGCAUGCUUAUCUUACGCAAGCACCAUGGCGAGGAGACGAUAAUGACCACUUGGUCUAUCUCACUCGGGCCCGGAUACUCAGCAUGAACGGUGAUGUGCUAUUUAGUCAUCCCGAUCUUCAGCAGGUUCAAGUGGAAGGUUUGAUUGCGUACUAUUUACUCUCCACAGACCAGAUAAAUAGGGCUUGGAGAAUCGCUGCUCUAGCCGUACGUUCUGCUAUCACGCUAGGGCUCAAUAUGAAGAAUACCAGCGAUACCACGGCGAAGGUCUCUAAAGAAGCCCGGUAUCGGGUUUGGUGGUGUUUGUACACAUUUGAGCACAUUUUGGGUAUUAUGACAGGACGUGCCUCGUGCAUCACCGACGGCAUCUGCACAACGCCACUUCCACUUCCUUUCGAGGAGGAACAGCUCUCGGAGCCCGCUGCGACACGACUUCUCAAUAAUCCGAAUCUUCGCCAAGACUACAUUGAAACUGCCCUUGCCUCUUCGUCCGUUCGGCAGAUGCCCUCUAAUCCCCGUGGGGGCAGAGAAGCUGACGCGGCAGACCAAGCGCGCGACCCCUCAUGGUUACGGAAUCUACCUCCGAGUAGCGCUCUAGGCUUUCUCUACUAUGUUGACCUUGCAGUCAUAUCACAGGAAAUUGUCAACCGGGUAUACUCACUCGAUUGCAUUUCCAUCCCAUGGAGUCACAUUGAGAACAGAAUUGGCGAAUUGCGGUCUCGGAUUGAUCUUUGGUAUCAAAAUCUGCACGAAGCGUACGACUUCUCUCGGAGAGAAGAUCAGAGCACUGAUAUCGUGCGUGUCAAGCUUUUCCUCGCAUUUCAUUACUAUAGUGCGCGAAUAACUCUGGGACGGCCAUGCCUCUGUCGUCGUGACGCACGGCAAACCGCUGCUAGCAAGAGGCCGACCUUCAGCCAUGAAAUGGCAGUCGUAACCUUGGAUUCCGCUCGACGGAUGCUCGACUUGAUGCCGGAUGUGCCAGACGCAGCCCGUCUUUACCAAGUGUGCCCUUGGUGGUGUAUUCUGCAUUACCUCAUGCAAGCCACAUCGGUCUUGCUAUUAGAGUUAUCAUUCGGCUGUAUCCACAAGCCAGAAGACGAAACAAACUUCUUAGAUUCCACAAAGAAGGCCAUUCGUUGGCUAUUUGCGAUGGCACAAAUUAGUCUAGCGUCUCGACGUGCGUGGGAAUUAUGUUUUGGGAGUCUCCGGCAGAUUGCCCGUGGAAUGGACUACGACAUUAGCGAUAUGCCCGUGUUUGGUAACGAUCCUCGAGCACACAGUUUGAUUCAAUCUGGCCAACCACAAUCUGGAGAGGCCACUAACUCAGGUCCUAUGAUUUAUCAAUCGACACCUGCUGAUAUGAGUCAAUCUCUUGGUGCGCCGCAAUUAUCCAAUAUGCACCAUGAUUCUGGAAUGUCAUUCACCAUGAACCAUCAGAACCAGCAGCAGCAUUAUCAGCAACAGCCACAUCAACAUCAUCAACACUCAGGCAUGCCGAUGAACUUCAUGCCUUCCGAUCCCAGUCCCGGAGGCGAUGCAUAUUUCCCAUAUGACCCAAUCAGCGGCGAAUUCAUUCGCUCUUUCUUUCCAGCCACGGGAGAUGAGGAUCAACCAUGGGGGUGA